UCUGCGAGGGAAUCAUCAGUAGUCUUACUCGUCGCCACUUGGAAGUGUGCGCUCUUAUUAGUCUUUCUUUCAUUCUCGUUGUUUGUUUAAAAAUGCUGUUUUUACUUUUUAUUGCGGCUGCGAUCUUUGUCGAUGCCUCUGCUGCAACUCUAGACUCUGUACUUGGAAGAAUGAAGAAUUCCCUAAAUGGUAGUCUUAAGCACGUACCUGAAAUGGCUCUCAAUUCUUCCGAAGGCUUUGCUCAAGGCAUGGAUUACUUCUCGGAGGGUAUUAAGAAUCUAACUGCAAUUUUAAUUAAUGAUACAAAUCAGUUUGUUACCUUCAGUGCAGAAGUCUCAUCUGACCCAACCGUUGAAAUUGUUAGAGCUGAUGGCUGCAGGAAAACCCUUCUAGACAAGUUGGAAAGAAGGUGCUACGAUGAAUUCGAAAAGUUUGUUACGCAGAGUCAAAGUAUUGAAGAUGAUGUAGAGAAGACUGGAAAGAUUUGUUGUGCUAUGGUUGACUACGAGAAAUGCAGUCUUAGAGGAUACGACAAAGCAAAUUGCGGUGCUGAUAAAGGCCAAGUUCGCGAUAACAUCAAAUCAGUCACGCUGUUUAUGAGCGUCAUCAGCAGCGUUAGCUGUGCGGAAUUCCGUGGGCGCUGUGCGGAGAUAUCUUCAGCUACUGCGAUUUCAGCCUCAUGGAUGGCUUUGUUGCCUUUAGGCCUGAUGCUCAUGUGUUGAACAUUUCUGUAGUAUUUAAAUUUUUAUCACUUUGAAAGUGUAACUCUUGUGUAUAAUUGCGGAUUUUAAAUAAAUACUAUAUAUUUACUUUUUCGA